UUGCUUCUCUCUCUUUCUUCUUUAACCAAGCUCCGUUGGUGGCGGAAAUGACAGAUCACAGUUUCUUUAUUUAUGUUCUGAUUUGCCUUGUAGACAGUUUGUUGCAGAUCUAAGGUUUAUAAUUCUUAUCUUGUUUCGUUUUCUUUAGUCUUGUGAAAGUUUUUUCUGUUUUUAGUAUAGUCUAUACUUGUGUGUUCUUUAAUUUCUAUAUUCUAUGAAAUUGGUUUCUUUUAGUCAAUGUAUUCGUUGGCAUUUUCAAAACACCCUUUUUAUAUCCAUCUCUCUCUGAAUUUCGAAAUGAUCCUCAAACGAGUUUUCGUCAAUUCUCUCAAAUUCAACGGGACUCUGGACGAAUUUUAGGGGAAAUUUGUUCAGAUUUUACCAAAUUAGAGGUUCUUCUGUGGAUAAAAAGUGGUUCGAAGAUGAAUCAUUGUAGCCUUCAGCAGAACGCCUUCAUGUCUCGUGACGAAUCGAGAGGAUUUGUUCCUAUCUAUUGUUAUCCAAUGGACUAUGUUGUUUGUCCUAAGCCUCGUCGUGCCAACAACGUUAUUCGUCCCCUUAGAUUACAUUUUAGUCAAUCAGGAGCUGAUGAUGUAUCUGAUUCUAAAGCCGGGGAAGAUCUUUUGGACAUAUUUCGUAGAAAGGAAUCAGUAUCAUCUACGUCACCCCCAUUUUUUCUUGGGUCUCCCCCGAGCCGAGCAGCAAACCCGUUAGCUCAAGAUGCACGCUUUGGAGAUGAGAAACUCAUCACUGUCUCACCCUCACUCUCCCCUCGUGUUAAAGCAGGAGGAGGAGGUUGUGGUAGAAUGAAGUUUGGGGUGAAACCAGCAACUGUUAGAGUAGAAGGGUUUGAUUGCUUGAACAGGGACCGCCAAAACUCAAGCAUUCCUGCCGUGGCCUAGAAAGAAGAAGAAGGAACAAAGAGAUUCACAAAGUGUACAUAAGAUCCAGAAUCAAGACUAUUUUUUUGAAGCAAGUAUAUAUAUUUUUGCAGAAGAAGAGGGGAAGGAAGAUCAAAGUUCACUCAAGGCUUUUACCGCAGUUUUCUGAUGAGGUUCAGUGGUGUGUAUAUAUAUAUGGGUAAGAUCGAGAUUUUAUGUGUUAAAUUACGUAAAAUUAAAUGAGUCUCGUUCGUUGUAAGAUAUUAUGACCAAUUUGGAGUGUUGUUCUCUUUUCUCUGUAUAGUAACGAUUCUUCUUUCUAGAGAUUCUCAAAUCUUUGUAAAUUUUAUUUUUGAUAUAUUUAAAAUGUUAAAUGCU